ACUCUGUUCUGACCCCGCGUACGUGGUGAUGCAAUGCUGACAGCACUGGGGGAGCUGCUCCUCCUCAGCUCUUCUGUGUGAGGACUGAAGAAGACAAGAGACUGAAUUAUCUGAAUUAUGCUUCUGCAACAGAACUGGGUUUCUUCUCGUUGGACAUGGCAGAGCCUGGGGAAGUCUUUCAUUUUUUUUGUUUUCUUGAUGUUGCAAGCAGCUGAUCUGGAAGCCAGGAGAGGUCACCAGUUUGUCUGGAAAACAGGUCACUGGGGCCGAUGUGUGGGUGACUGCGGUUCUGGGGGCACGCGAAGCAGGGCUGUCUGGUGCACCCACACCGAGGGCUGGACGUCCCACCACGCCUACUGCGACCAGCAGGAGAAGCCCGAAAGCCAGCGGCGGUGCUUCAAGGUCUGCGACUGGCACUUGGAGCUGUUUGAGUGGGAGGUUUCGGGAUGGGGACCCUGCGUGCCCGGCGGUGAGGCUGGACCCUGUGUGAUGGCGCAGCACGGUCUGCAGCGCCGCAGCGCCCGCUGCCUUCAGAAGCUGGACAGGAGUGUGGUGGCCGCUGAGAUCUGUGAGCACCUGGCACCGCAGCCACCCCUGGAGCAGGCCUGCCUGGUGCCGUGCCCGCGGGACUGCAUUGUCACAGACUUCUCCUCCUGGUCCCAGUGUGGCGGGGGUUGCAGCAUUAGCUUGCGGCACCGGACCCGUGCAGUCAUUGCUCCUCCUCUCUAUGGGGGUGCCCCGUGCCCCAACCUGACAGAAUCGCAGACCUGUGCUGCUGCCGCCUGUCCCCUGGGCGAGGAGGAGCACACCUACAGCCUCAAGGUGGGACCUUGGGGAGAGUGCAGGGUGCCCCGCCAUGAGGACGCCUCAUUGAAUUUGGGGGAGGACUCUGGAGAACUGAGCGCGUCGUGGCUGGAAAGCCACAAGGCACAGCACCAUCCCCACAUGGCGCAGGUGGGCUACCAGACCAGGGCGGUCAGCUGCAUGCGGAGCGACGGCAGGCAUGCCGUGCUGAGCCUUUGUAUACAAGAUGCUGCACCUUUGACCUCCAAGACCUGUGUCAUUGAUAAAGACUGUGAAACAUCUGAGUGGUCAGCGUGGAGCUCCUGCUCACAGACCUGCAGCUGGGGAGAUCUCACCCCGGGCUUUCGGAGCCGGCACCGUAGUGUGCGGAGCGUGGCCAUGGGAAAUGGGAAGCUCUGUCCGGAGCUGGAGGAGAAGGAAGCCUGCAGCACAGGAGGGAGAGAGCUGCUGAAGCCUUGCCCCAGGUUUUCCUGGAGGACUUCUGAAUGGAAAGCUUGCCAAGUGUCUCUCUUCGACCAGCAGAGCCCUCGACAUCGUAAGCAUGCAGUGCUUUGUGGAGGUGGCAUACAAACCCGUGAGGUUUAUUGUGUCCAGAUCACUGUAGAAGCCGAAAUGCACCGAAUGAAGGAAGUUAGCAGACCAGUUGAUGGGAAGUUCUGCCUGGGCCCUGCUCCCUCUGCCUCCCAGCUGUGUGACCUGCCCUGUCCCUUGGAGUGCACAGUGUCUGCCUGGCUGGCGUGGGGGCCCUGCCUUCCCGAAGACUGCCGGGACCGCCAGGGAAGAAGAGGCUUUAGAAUGAGGCAAAGGCAUGUGCUUGUGGAUCCUGUCGGCACCCUGGCAGGUUGUCCACAUUUAGUUGAAUCUAUUCCUUGUGAAGACCCAACGUGCUACGAGUGGAUCGUUUCAGAAGAAAUAUGUGUUGCUGACCAUGGAAAAUGUGGACCUGGAAAACACAUCCUGAAAACUGUAUGCAAGAACAAGAAAGGUGAAGAAGUACCAUAUCACCUUUGCUCAGAGCUUCCACGUCCUGAUGUCACGGCUUGUGAAAUCCCUUGUGCAACAGACUGUGUGCUCAGUGAGUGGUCCCAGUGGUCCCCAUGCUCCCAUUCAUGCUCCAGUAAAAUUGCAGAGGGAAGCCAAAGCAGGAGUAGGUCCAUCUUGGCCCUUCCGGCAGAAGGUGGAAAAGCCUGUCCUCCUGACCGAGCCCUGCAGGAGCACCGCACCUGUAAUGAUCACCCAUGUGUGCAUUUCUUCUGGGAAACCUCCCCCUGGAGCUCUUGUUCUGAAGAUGUGUUGGUCAGUGCACUGAACGCAACCAUCAGUCGGAGUGGAGAAGCCACUUGUGGAGUGGGCAUGCAGACGAGGAAAGUCUUCUGCGUGAGGAGCGGUUCUGGCCAUGUUACACCUAAAAGAUGUCCAGAUUCCACCAGACCUGAGACUAUGCGACCAUGUCUCCUGCCCUGCAAGAAGGACUGCAUCGUUACGCCUUUCAGUGAGUGGACUCGCUGCCCAACAGCAUGUCAGCCUGGCAAUGCCACAGCAGUUAAGCAGUCUCGGUACAGGAUUAUCAUUCAGGAUGCUGCCAAUGGGGGACAGGCAUGCCCAGACACCUUGUAUGAGGAAAGAGAAUGUGAAGACAUUCCCAUCUGUCCAGUUUAUAGGUGGAAGACCCAUCAAUGGAGUCAUUGUGUACUCGUGCCAGAGUCAGUGAGACAGAAUGUGCUGGGACAUAACGAGGCAUGUGGACAUGGUUUGCAGUCAAGGGCUGUUACAUGCCUGACAGAGAACGACGAAGCCGCGGACGUCUCUGAAUGCAUGAAAUGGGCUGAACCUAUGCCACCUCUUGUGCAAGACUGUCUCGUUCCCUGUAAAGAUGACUGCACAUUUACCCCUUGGUCUAAAUUUACAGCGUGCUCGUUUGACUGUGAAUCAACAAAAACUAGGAGACGAUCACUCACAGGGAGAAGCAGAAAGCGAGACAAAUGCCAGAACACAGAAGUUUAUCCUCAGGUUGAAACAGAGCUGUGCCCCUGCGAGGUGUUUACCUCCCAACCCCAUGGAAACUGGUCAGACUGCAUUAUCGGAGGAGGGAAGUUAGAGCUGCAGGCAGGAGUGCAAUCCCACGGAGGCACCAAGGAGUGUGGAGAGGGCGUGCGGCUGCGAGCCAUUGCCUGUUACGAUAAGGCUGGCAGACUGGUGGAACCAUCUCACUGUAGCAGCUCAGGUUACAUUGAAGAAUCUUGCACGGUUCCUUGCCCAUUUGAUUGCAAAUUAAGUGAUUGGUCCAGCUGGAGCCCCUGCAGCUCUUCCUGUGGGACAGGGAUGAAAGUCAGAUCCAAAUGGCUGAAGGAGAAGCCCUACAAUGGAGGUCGCCCCUGCCCGAAGCUGGAUCUCAAGAAUCAGGUGUACGAGGCAGUCCCAUGCUACACUGAGUGCAAUCAGUAUUCUUGGGUAGUCGAACCGUGGUCUCCAUGCAAAAUCAACAGUGAACAAAAUUCCCUCCACUGUGGAGAAGGAAUACAAACGAGGAAAGUCAGGUGUGUAAGUACUACAGAAGACCAUGGAGGGGAAACUGUACCCAACACCCUGUGCAAUAAGGCUGAAAUCCCAAGUGAAAUUCGUAAGUGCAGCUUGUACUGCCCCAAUGAGUGUGCAGUGUCUGACUGGGGACCAUGGAGCACGUGUCCACAGGUGUGUGAUCCAAGUACUGUGCAAACCCGAUCUCGGCAAGUGCUAAGAUCUCCUGUCAGUAGAAAGCCCUGUCCUGAAGAUUCACAAAUGAAACCGUGUAUUCUUAACCAAAACUGCUUCCAGUAUCAGUACAAUCUAACAGCCUGGAGCACGUGCCAGCUCAACGGGAACGCGACGUGUGGGCGAGGAGUUCGGAAGCGGCUCCUGAGCUGCGUGCGCAGCGAUGGGGAGACGGUCAGUGCACGGCACUGCGAGCAGCGUCGCCUGGAGAAGCCGGUGGAGACGAGCAGCGAGUGCGUGGUGCAGUGCGUGGUGGACUGCCGGCUAUCGGCGUGGUCGGCCUGGUCGCAGUGCUCCCAGACGUGUGGCUCCGGUGGCCAGAUGGUGCGCGGGCGCACCGUGCUGCUGAAGGCUGCGGCCGAGGGCCGGCCCUGCCCAGCACAGCUCAGCCAGCACCGCAGCUGCCCGGUGAAGCCCUGCUACAGCUGGCAUCUUGGGCCCUGGUCGCCCUGCAGACUCCAGGGUGGACAGUGUGGAGAUGGAUUGCAAGUCCGCAACCUCACGUGCGUAGUGCAUGAUGCAUCUGUUUCUGCUACAUCCAAGCCAGUAGAAAACACAUUAUGUGGUGAGCUACCUUUGAAGGAGAGUGUACUGCAGUUACCAUGCUCUGUGCCUUGCCCAGGUGACUGCCACCUGACCGAGUGGUCAGAGUGGAGCUCCUGCGAGCUCACAUGCAUUGAUGGCAGGAGCUUUGAAACAACGGGACGGCAGGCUCGCUCCAGGGCACUCAUCGGUCAGCCUGCUGAGAACACAGACAGCUGCUCUGGACAAGUGGUGGAAACACGGCCUUGCUCAGGAGGGAGGUGUUACGAAUACCUGUGGAAAACCAGCCUUUGGCGAGACAGUGUGCGCACAGUGUGGUGUCAGCGCUCAGAUGGAAUCAAUGUCACAGGAGGGUGUGCUCUUCAGACCAAACCUGCUGAAGUUCAGCACUGCAGCCCAGCAUGCAGAAAACCCUUCUCCUACUGCACCCAGAGAGGAGUCUGUGGUUGUGAGCGAGGAUAUACAGAAAUAAUGAGAUCAAAUGGUUUGCUGGAUUACUGCAUGAAGGUACCAGGUUUAGAAGAUAAGAAGGCUGAUGUUAAGACGAUUUCUGGAAAAAAUAAACCCAUCAACUCCAAAAUGCAUGACAUUUUCAAAGGAUGGUCUAUUCAACCUUUUAAUCCAGAUGGUAAGCUGAAGAUGUGGGUGUAUGGAGUAUCAGCUAGCGGGUUCCUCAUCAUAGCCCUCCUGAUUUUUACAUCCUUUCUGAUGUGCAAAAAAAGCAAGCAGCAUCAAAGCACUCCUCCACAACAGAAGCCUCUAACCUUAGCCUAUGAUGGAGACGUUGACAUGUAACAUAGAAAAGAAAUCCAAAUGUAGACAUCGACUGCCUUAACCACUUUCUUUUUUGUAACUCUCAGACUUCUCAGUUUUUUGAGGAAUCUCCUGAUGUGUAAUAACCGGGCAGAACAGAAAUACUGCAAGCUUAACAUUUUGCCACCUCGUUACUAAAGAAAAAAUAAUGGAGUCAAAGUCUUGGAUCUUGUGAAACUUUCCUGAAGAAACUGGAAAAUGCAUCUCUUCCUGUUGAGCAAUGGGAAUUAAAAUAAGAAAGUCUACCAACAUCAAAUGGAAUUGGUCCAAAAAAAAAGAAAAAGAAAAAAAGCAUGACAAUCUGGAAGAAAAUGUGACAUUUACCGUAAAUGACAAGUUUGACACAGCAUCAUUAUGCACUAUAUUAGUGCAGGGUUCUUUAUUCUUCACAUAUUUCAACAAUGAGUUUUCUAGUGUUUACAUUUCGUUCAAAGACUUUAAAACUGGAUCACGUAUUUUGAGAAAUGCAAAGAAUAGUGAGUUGGAGUGUCUGAAGUUAUCUGGUUUUUUAAAGUUUCUUCCUUCUUAUCCUGUUUUCUAGUCUGGAAUAUGAUUUCUCUUCAUUUCCACCUACAGGACAGAAUAAGGAUUGCUAAGAAGAAGCCUAGGUGGUUUCUGAACUGAAAGUAUUUUUUAAAGGGUUGAGUAGAUAGAUGGGUGCUCUGACGAAUGGCUAGAGGGUCUGAUUGUUUAAAAAGUAUUUUAAAUUAAACAAAAGCAUGUAGAUACAUUACGGCCAGUUUAAAUUGUUAUUCCGUUUAAUUAAUACAAACUCUGCUUUUGUAUUUAAAUUUUCUUAUCUGAAAUAUUUAUAAAUUCUUUUUUUGAAUUUAAUUACCUGACCUCAUUUAAUAUACAUCAAACACAAAUACGGUUUGUAGCAGGCCUUGCUUUUUUAAAUGUUUCAAAACCACUGAAAAGUUACAUGUUGUAAACAUCUGGGAGUAUUUGAAGAGGGUACGUGUUUAUAAUAGUAUGUGUUGCAAGUAAGGAAGUGCCAUCUUGUGGUAUUGACUUGUAUUUAUAAGCAAAUAAAAUGCUAAAGAG